ACCAUUCUCCUCUAAAAACCAUCAGUGGGAUAAUACAUUAGUUUCUUACAUUCUAGCUAGUUUUCUUUCUCUUCUUGUCUGCAAGACAGUGAGCAGAUUAUAAUCGGAAAAUGGCAAGUGGUCGUGCUAUUUUUGUGCCUACACUUGUGAUAUGUUGUUUGGUUGCUUCUUGUCACGCUGAAAUAUUGUUCUCUACCCUCAAGAAGACUCUUGAUGUAUCUGCUUCACACAGACAAGGAGUACUGAUGGCUGGAGAAGACCAACUCACAUUCAAAUGGUCAUUCAACAAGACACUCCCAGCAGGGACAGACUCAACCUAUAAAACAGUAAAACUUCAACUCUGUUUCGCAGCUAUUAGCCAAAAAGAUCGUGCUUGGAGGAAAACAGACGACCUUCUCAAAAAAGACAAAACUUGCCAAUUCAACAUUGUAACCAUGCCAUACAAAUCCUCUAACAAUUACAAUUGGACAAUUGAGAAGGAUGUUCCAACUGGUACUUACUUUGUUAGGGCUUAUGUUUUGAAUUCUGCUAAUGAAGAAGUUGGCUUUGGACAAAGCGCUGAUGCCAAGAAGGAAAAGAACCUUUUCGACAUUCAAGCAAUUAGUGGACGACAUGCCACGUUGGAUAUUUGCGCCAUUGUGUUCUCUGUUUUCUCAGUUGUUUCCCUCUUCGGAUUCUUUUACAUGGAGAAGAGAAAGGCUAAGCAAAGUCAACAGAAGUGAUCGAUGAUGAUGAUAAUGGAUCUACAUGCGUGAUGAUCAGAUUAUGAUGUGGAAGUAAAUUAAAUAAUCUCCUUUAUUUUCUAUGUAUCUUAGACUUUAUGGGCCUCUCAACCAGCAUCUUUAGCUGGUUAUGGGCUAAGCCUGCCAAACCAGAAUUAGAAAAAUGGCCAAUUUACUCGCCAUUUUCUUUGAGUUUCACCUCAGCAUUACUAAGAAUUUCGUCGUGUAUCGCAUUUGGACAGUGCUAUUUAAUAAUAUUUACUUUUAAAAUUA